UUCUUCGAAACCAAUUAGAUUGAAUUCGUCCUUAGAACCAUAAGUUCCGGUUUAAAUAAACCGGAAUUACCCAUUCCUAAAUUUCCGUCCAACGCCAACGGUAACGAAAUCGCACAAGUGUCGAAGCUACAGGAUCACACAACAGAAAGAGAAAGAUGACGUCACCGAGUCACACCCCAAAUCGCGGCGGCGAAUCGGUCGAGACUCAGUCCCCUGAGCUCAGGAAAGAUCCGGUGACUAACCGCUGGGUCAUAUUCUCUCCCGCCAGAGCCAAGAGACCGACUGAUUUCAAAUCGAAAUCUCCAAACAACCCUAACCCCAAACCUUCCUCGUGCCCCUUUUGCAUCGGCCGUGAGCAAGAGUGUGCGCCGGAGAUAUUUCGAGUGCCGGAUCAUGACCCGAAUUGGAAACUCCGGGUCAUCGAGAAUCUAUACCCGGCUUUAAGCAGGAAUCUCGAGACCCAAUCGACGCAAAACGAGACGACGAGGACGGCUACGGUUCGGACUAUACCCGGAUUCGGGUUCCACGACGUGGUGAUCGAAUCUCCUGUUCACUCGAUUGAGCUCUCCGAUUUAGAUCCGGUUUGUAUCGGCGAGGUCUUGAUCUCGUAUAAGAAGAGGAUCCAACAGAUCACGCAACACGAUUCCAUCAAUUACAUUCAGGUAUUCAAGAACCAUGGUGCGUCAGCUGGAGCAUCAAUGAGUCACUCCCACAGUCAGAUCAUGGCUCUACCAGUUGUUCCUCCAACAGUUUCUUCACGCCUUGAUGGUACUAAGGAAUAUUUCAACGAGACUGGGAAAUGUUGUCUAUGUGAAGCUAAAGCAAGACACUUUGUGAUUGAUGAGUCUUCUCAUUUUGUUUCCGUUGCUCCUUUCGCUGCUACGUAUCCUUUUGAGGUUUGGAUUGUUCCCAAGGAUCAUUUUUCCCACUUCCAUUAUCUCGAUGACGUUAAGGCUGUUGACCUUGGAGGACUUCUGAAACUCAUGCUUCAGAAGAUAGCUAAGCAGCUAAACGAUCCGCCGUAUAAUUAUAUGAUCCACACUUCCCCCAUCAAGGUCACAGAAUCACAGUUACGUUAUACACACUGGUUCUUACAGAUUGUACCUCAGCUUUCUGGGGUUGGUGGGUUUGAGAUUGGCACAGGGUGUUACAUAAAUCCAGUUUUCCCGGAGGAUGUAGCAAAGGUUUUGCGGGAAGUAACCCUUACUUGAACCCCGGUUUGAUAUCUGAUUGUGGAGUUAUUUGCACGAUGUGAAGGUCUUCAAUUCAUCGUUUUUGUUUCUUCUAUUGAAGAGGGAGAUGUUUCAGUUUGAUUCAAAUAACACUGAUGUAGACAAUUUAUGUAGUUCUGUUGUAGAAGAAUAUUCUAUACCCAUGUUGUGUUCUUCUUUACUUCUAGUUCAUAUCAUUGCAAUAAGAAGUUCCUUUGAUUCUCUU